CUCCUUGCUGAUUUGCUGUCCCGCCGCUACACCAUGAAUACCCCAAGGCAGGUGGUCAACUUCGGGCCCGGGCCCGCCAAACUGCCGCAUUCGGUGUUGCUGGAGAUACAAAAAGAAUUAUUAGACUACAAAGGAGUUGGGAUUAGUGUUCUUGAAAUGAGCCACAGGUCAUCAGAUUUCGCUAAGAUUAUUAACACCACAGAGAAUCUUGUGCGGGAACUCUUAGCCAUUCCAGACAACUACAAGGUGAUUUUUAUGCAAGGAGGUGGAUCUGGCCAGUUCAGUGCCAUCCCCUUAAACCUGAUUGGCCUGAAGGCAGGAAGGUGUGCUGACUACGUAGUGACUGGAGCUUGGUCGGCUAAGGCUGCAGAAGAAGCCAAGAAGUUUGGUACCGUAAAUAUCGUCCACCCCAAACUUGGAAGCUAUACAAAAAUCCCAGAUCCCAGCACCUGGAACCUCAACCCAGAUGCCUCUUACGUGUAUUACUGUGCAAACGAGACUGUGCACGGAGUGGAGUUCAGUUUUAUACCUGACGUCAAAGGAGCAGUGCUGGUUUGUGACAUGUCUUCGAACUUCCUAUCCAAACCAGUGGAUGUUUCCAAGUUUGGUGUGAUUUUUGCUGGUGCUCAGAAGAAUGUUGGCUCUGCUGGGGUCACAGUGGUGAUUGUUCGUGAAGACCUGCUGGGGUUCGCUCUCCGAGAAUGCCCCUCUAUUCUGGAAUACAAAGUGCAAGCUGCAAACAACUCCUUGUACAACACACCACCGUGCUUCAGCAUCUAUGUCAUGGGCCUGGUCUUGGAGUGGAUUAAGAACAAUGGUGGAGGAGCAGCCAUGGAGAAGCUUAGCUCCAUCAAAUCUCAAAUGAUUUAUGACAUCAUUGAUAACUCUCAAGGAUUCUAUGUAUGUCCAGUGGAGCCCCAGAAUAGAAGCAGGAUGAAUAUUCCAUUCCGCAUUGGCAAUGCCAAAGGAGAUGAUGCUCUAGAAAAAAGAUUUCUUGAUAAAGCUCUUGAACACAACAUGAUGUCCUUGAAAGGGCACAGGUCCGUAGGAGGCAUCCGCGCCUCUCUGUAUAAUGCUGUCACCAUCGAAGAUGUUCAGAAGCUGGCAGCCUUCAUGAAAAAUUUUUUGGAGAUGCAUCAGCUGUGAACACAUCCUGACCAAUGUAUACUCUGUUGUUGAACAAUGUACGAAGUUUCACAUGGCAAGGGAAUGGUUACCAAAACUUAACACAGUAUUUUUCUCUUAAUAUAAAUUCUUCAUUUUUUAAAGAACAACAACAAAACAUCAAGAGCUCUGCAGAGCUGGUAGAACUAAAAGAUCACUUUACUCUGACUUGAACUGGAGGCAUUUUUUUCAGUCUUCCUAUUGCUUUUCUAACUCAAGCUUAUUUUGUCUUUGCUGCUACUUUUUCUAGCUAGAGCUCAGUAUUCAAACUUGCAUGUGGACUGAAUUAUGCAAAUUAACAGUUAAUUAUUUCUGGAGAGACACACAAACUCACCGUACGGAGGGUGGG